AUGUUUGGAUCGUCGAAGGCCGAGCCCGUUUUCCACCCCAAGGCUGGUGAUGAUUUCAUCAGGAGGGUCGAGGAAAGCGAUUUGCAGAUCGUGCUGAGGGACGACGCGGACCUCUACGAUUCCACGAGCUUCGUGAUUACGGGCAAGGACAACUCGCUCAUCUUCAUCCAGGCGAUUGUGGCCAACAUGAGGCCCAUGUACACCAACCAGGUGGGCAUUCACAUCAAGUACGUCAAUCCUGCUGGCAAGGCUACCUUCUUCUCGCACAAGUACGGCGACAAGCAGUGGAGCUUCGACGAUACUACCAUCACCAUCGGUGGCUUCAAGAUUGUGCGCAAUCCUGAGGCCAAUGCUUACCACAUCACUGUGGACGAUCCCGAGUGCAAGCACAUCAAGGGCGAGCUCAUCGUGCAAAGCAGUGAGGGAGGCGGCGUCAAAUUCGGUGACGAUGGCAAGACUGCCUUCGCUGAGGACCGCUCCGCCUACUCCUCCAUGUUUUACGCCAUCCCUCGCGCCACGAUCACGGGUGCGCUGUCGGUCAAGGGCGAGAAGGUCGAGGUGGACGCGUACGGCUUCGUGAGCCACUUUGUGCAGAACAUGAAGCCGCACAAGGCCGGCCUCAAGUGGUCCAUGAUGAAGUUCCACGCCGAGGAGCUUUCCCUCGUGUCCGAUCUGCUCCUCACCCCCAAGCAGUACGGCAAGGAGGAAAUCUCGCACGGCCUCUUCGUCUACAAGAACAAGCUGACCGCCGUCACCGUGGACAACAGCAUCACCUACCCCACCACGCAGUACGACAAAGAUACUGGUUACGAGAUGCCCACGUCGGCUGAGUACGUGUGGCGCGGCAAGACGCUCGAGGGACAGGACUUCCAGGCCGUGAUCAGGCUCACGCCCACCAACCUCAUCGACAAGGUCGACAUCCUCGGCCAUCUGCCCUGGGCUCUGAGAAUGGUGAUCAAGGCGUUCGUCGCCCGUCCCUUCCACUACCAGUGGCUCGACACCGCCACCGCCACGGUGACCAUCGGCGAGGAGACCAUCACCGUCGAGGGCAAGGCUCUCCACGAGGUCACCUUCAUCAACCCCGAGUAA